UUCCUUUUAUCAACAAUUAUGAAAUUGCUCCUUUCUGCUGCUACUUUACUCUUGGCUGCUUCCCAACUUGCUUUGGCUGACCUUAUUCCUGAACUUGGUUCAGCUGCGCCUACUCAUGCUGAUAUUAAGGCACAAUUGUUACCACCUGAGGGCUCGGCUCUUUAUGAUGUCUGGUAUGCAAAGGGAAACAGAAUAUAUCAAUGUAACCCAGAAAAGAAGGGCUUUCAACACUGGUAUGCCGUUCAAACACACGCUUUCCUUUAUCCCACAAAGGGAUUGCAGCAGCCAUUUGACACUCCUGGCAAAGAAAUUGGUCAGCUGAGCGUUGCCCCUCUUGACCCCAACAACCAAAUGGCUAACCCACUGGAUACUAUUCCAGUCAUCUACUAUUAUCCCGAUGGGUCAUGGGCUGGUACUGCUAGACCUCUUGCUACAACCUCUAUGGAAAAGGGACGCAAUGAAAGAGGAGAUGGUAAGCACUUGGAUGAUCAUCUCGUGGGUGUUACUCGACAUUCAUUGGACGGCUACUUGUCCCAUGCCAAACAUAUCGUACGUCUCAAUACCCUUGAAGGCGUUGCUCCACCAGCCGAACAGUGUACCACCAAGGGUGCAGUUGUCAACAAGCCUUUUACUGCUUACUUCAUGUUUUAUACUGACUCUGAAGGUGUAUCUCUUCUUGCAGAAGAGAAGGUUAAAUGGGAAAGAAUGAUUCAGGAAUAUACUCCAAAGCACUAAUGUCAAAUAAACUCUUGCUUACGUUCGAUCUUGAACGAGCUAAAAUCUUUAAUGGAGAGUAAAGUGACCAUUUUCAUUACCUAAGCAUUAAUAUCAAAUAUAAC